AUGGGGAAAUCAUUACGUUCCAAAUCAGUGCUAAGAGCCAAGUCUGUGAAGAGAAAAGGUGAAUUUCAAAAAGCUGUUGAUGCGAGAACUCAAAGAUUAUUUGAAAAAGCUCAAGAUGAAUUGAUUAAACAAAAAGUUAAAGAACAAGAAGAUGCGAAGGAUAAAGAGGCGAAAGAUGGUGAUGAUAUGAAUAUUGAUGAUGUUGAUAGUGAAGAUGAUGAUAAGAAAGUUUCUACAUCAGGUUAUAGAACUGCUAGACAUCAUUUAUACAAAAAGAACAAGAAGAAAAGUAAUAACGUUUCAUUCAAAAAGAAGAAAUAA